AUGUUGAAAGUUCCGAAACCUACCAUUGGGAUCAUAGGCACUGUGAUUUCCAUCUCUUUGUUCUUCACACCAAUUCCAACUUUCUACAAAAUAAUCAAAGAGAAAUCUGUGGGGGAGUACAAGCCUGACCCUUACCUUGCUAUCAUGAUGAAUUGUGGACUGUGGGUUGUUUACGGGAUGCCUUUUGUGCACCCAGACAGCAAGUUAAUUGUCAUCAUCAAUGGCAUAGGGCUGGUGGUUGGGUUGGUCUAUCUUACCUUGUUUUGGAUAUAUGCUACAAAUGAGGGAAGGGUACGUAUUGUUUCCACUAAAUUUAUACAACCACGAUGCUUUGUUAAUGUAGCCCUUUCCUGUUCUGAUACCUACUGUCUCUUUCACAAAUUUUCAGAGAAAGUGCAUGGCACUCACCAAAGGUCAUUGGCGGUGGGAAUUUGUCACGACCCAAAAUCCCAAGCCGUGACCGGCGCACAGACUAUCACCUUAGCUUGGCAAGCCUAA